AUGGACGCAGAGGAUUACAAGGAAAGCAAGUUCGGUAAAAUUUACAAAGUUGCAGGACCCCUGGUCGUUGCAGAGAAGAUGUCAGGAUCAAAAAUGUAUGAGCUCGUCAAAGUUGGAUGGGACAAACUUGUCGGAGAGAUUAUUAAACUUGAAGGAGACACUGCAUCUAUCCAAUGUUACGAAGAUACAUCCGGAUUGACUGUCGGAGAUCCAGUUAUGAGGACAAACAGUCCUUUGUCUGUCGAACUAGGACCAGGUAUUCUCCAAACAAUCUACGAUGGUAUCCAAAGACCUCUCGAAACUAUUGCUCAUCUUACAAAGAGUGUGUACGUGCCAAAAGGUGUUGAUGUUCCAUCUUUGGAUCAAGAUAAAACUUGGGAAUGGAAUCCAGCAGACUUGAGUGUCGAUGAUAUCGUAAGUGGAGGAGAUAUUCUUGGCCACUGAUACGAGAAUGCCUUGUUCUCUCAGCAUAAAAUCAUGGUCCCACCAAAGGGUAGAGGAAGGAUUAAGGAAGUAAUGCCAAUUGGUAACUACACUGUCAGAGACCCAGUUGUAGUCGUUGAGUACGAGGAUAAGGAAGUAGAGUUCUCUAUGUCCCACUUCUGGCCGGUCAGGCAAGCCAGGCCAGUUGCUGAAAAGCUCCCAGGAAAGGAACCACUCCUGACUGGUCAACGUGUGCUUGAUGUGUUGUUCCCAUCAGUGCUGGGCGGAACCUGAGCUAUCCCAGGAGCCUUUGGAUGCGGGAAGACAUGUAUUUCACAAGCUUUGUCCAAAUAUUCUAAUUCAGAAUGUAUUAUUUAUGUCGGAUGAGGAGAAAGAGGAAAUGAAAUGGCUGAAGUAUUGGAUGAUUUCCCAAAGUUAACCACAAUUAUUGAUGGAGAAGAAUAUGAUAUUAUGCAGAGAACCUGCCUCGUUGCCAAUACAUCAAACAUGCCAGUCGCAGCCAGAGAAGCCUCUAUUUACACUGGUAUCACCUUGGCUGAAUAUUUCAGAGAUAUGGGAUACAAUGUCUCUUUGAUGGCUGAUUCUACCUCAAGAUGGGCUGAGGCUUUGAGAGAAAUUUCUGGACGUCUUGCUGAAAUGCCUGCAGAUCAAGGUUUCCCUGCUAACUUGGGUUCAAAGCUAGCUCAAUUCUACGAGAGAGCUGGAAGAGUAACUUGCUUAGGAAGCCCAGACAGAGAAGGGUCAGUCUCUAUUGUUGGUGCUGUAUCUCCACCAGGUGGUGAUUUCUCAGAUCCAGUCACAGCAUCCACUUUGUCGAUCGUACAGGUCUUUUGGGGUUUGGACAAAAAGUUAGCCCAGAGAAAGCACUUCCCAUCAGUAAACUGGAGUAUCAGUUUCUCUAGUUAUGACAGAGCAUUAGAAAAGUUCUACCAGUCCUACGAUCCAGACUUCAUGAAAUUCAAGGCAACUAUCAAGCAACUCUUGCAGGAAGAUGAAGAUUUGUCUGAAAUUGUGCAAUUGGUUGGUAAAGAAUCUCUCUCUGAAAUCCAGAAGACAGUCCUUGAAGUUUCAAAGGUUAUCAUUGAAGACUUCUUGCAACAGAAUGCCUUCUCCAAAUACGAUUAUAAGUGCCCAUUGAACAAAUCCUUGGGAAUGAUGAAGUGUAUCUGUUGCUUCUACGAUAAUGCAAAGAGAACUAUUAAUGAAUCUCAGAUGACUGACAAUAAAGUGUCAUGGGCAGUGAUCUCGAAUCAACUAGAGGAUCAAUUCUAUGAACUCUCACAAAUGAAGUUUAAGGACCCAGAGACACCAGAGGAGGAACUUAAUAAAUACUUUGACAACCUAUGCGAUGAGAUAGAAUCAGGGUUCAGAAAGCUAGCACUCGGAUAA